CUCAUCAUUGGUGGCAUCAUCUCUCAGAUCUACUUCUCUUCUAAGCUGAUAACAUUUACAAGAUAUCCACAUCUCGAAGAAGUUGAGGAAGUUGUUUACUUCAGUGCAAGAUUUACUCACCUUGCCACUAUAGACCUUCUUUCGACACAGAGCAAAUUAAUCCCUAACUACAAGUGUGGCAUCAAGAACACUCCAAUCGCAAUCAUUGGAGGACCAGUCUCUGACAUUGACCUUCAUAUGGCUUCCAUUCUAAGGAACUACAAAAUCCCACAGCUUGCAUACGGUUCUCCUUCAGUGAUAAAUGACACAAGCCAGUCUUUUUUCUUCCAAUGGAUGUUCCCAAAUAGGAAUAAUCAUUAUAUGGGCAUUCUUCAGUUGCUUCUUCAUUUCAGAUGGACAUGGAUUGGGGUGAUUUAUCUGCAUGUCCAAAGUGCAGAGAUGUUUGCACAUAGCGUGCUUCCCAUCUUUUCCCUUAAAGGUAUCUGCUUUGAUUUCAUAGAAAGAUUCCCUAAAAUAGCUUCUUCCGAUAAUGUUUUUGAAGUGAUGAGGAAGGGGAUGAAAUUAUACAAUAUUGCUAUGGAAAGCACUGCCAAUGUGCUGCUGGUCCAUGGUGAAAUUCAAAGCAUGAUGAUUUUGAGAAUGUUGCACUUUUUCUCAAAAUUUGAGAACAAAUAUGUGACGGAGAAGAUCUGGAUUAUGACAGCUCAAAUGGAAUUCACAUCACUUGCCUUUCAAAGAGAUUGGGACAUAGACUUCAUCCAUGGCUCUAUAUCCUUCGCUGUCCACUCAGAAGAGAUGCUGGGAUUCAAGGAAUUUCUUCAGAGGAGAAACCCUCGAGUUGAAAAAGAAGAUGGCUUUAUCAAGGACUUCUGGAAAGAUACCUUUAAGUGCUGGUUCCACGAUUCUGAGGAAGAUAUGAAGGUCUGUACUGGAGAGGAGAAGCUGGAGACUCUUCCUGGGUCGGUCUUUGAAACAAGCAUGACUGGUCACAGCUACUGUGUUUACAAUGCUGUCUAUGCUGUGGCCCAUGCUGUGCAUGCCAUGCAUUCAUCCAUAUUGAGACAAAGAAGCUUGAUGGAUGGGAGGAUGUGGAAGUUGAAUCAACCACCAUGGCAGCUCCACCAAUUUCUGAGAAGCCUCUCAUUUAACAACAGUGCUGGGGAAGAGAUUUCCUUCAACCCAAAUGGGGAACUGGUAGCUGGAUUUGAUAUUAUCAAUUGGGUCACAUUCCCAAACCAGUCCUUUCUUAGAGUCAAAGUGGGAAGGAUAGGCCCAAAGGCUCCUCCUGAUAAAGUAUUCACCGUUUGUGAGGAUGCCAUUCUGUGGCCGAGCAGAUUUAAUCAGGCACGGCCCCUUUCUACAUGCAAUGGUAUUUGCCAUCCAGGUUCUUGUAGGAUGAAGAAGGAAGGGAAGCCAUUUUGCUGCUAUGACUGCUUUCAGUGUCCAGAAGGGAAGAUUUCUAACCAUGAAGAUAUGGACGAAUGUUUGCCGUGUCCAGAUGAUCAUUUUCCAAACAACGGCCAAGAUUUCUGCAUUCCCAAAAUCAUAAGCUUCUUGUCUUUUGAAGAAAUAUUGGGAGCUUGUCUAGUUAUUGCUGCCCUUUCUUUAUCAUUCAUCACUGUUUUAGUCCUUGGGAUCUUCAUUAAACAUCAUGACACCCCCAUUGUCAAAGCCAACAACCAGCACCUCACCUACACUCUUCUCAUCUCCCUCAUGCUCUCUUUCCUUUGUGCUUUACUAUUCAUUGGUCGACCUGAGAAAUUCAUGUGCCUCCUUCGACAAGCAGCUUUUAGCAUCAUAUAUUCACUCGCAAUAUCUUGUGUGUUGGCCAAAACCACCAUUGUGAUUCUAGCAUUCAUGGCCACCAAACCAGGAUCAAGUAUUAGGAACUGGGUGGGGAAACAGCUGAUCAUAUGCAUUGUUCUUUGCUGCUCUGUUAUUCAAGCCACUGUUUGCACGGUGUGGCUGGUAACCUCUCCUCCAUUCCCUGAUUUGGACAUGCACUCAGUGCCUGGAGAAAUUGUACUGCAAUGUAAUGAAGGGUCAGUCACUAUGUUUUACUGUGCCCUAGGCUUUCUGGGCUUCCUGGCUGUUGCUAGCUUCAUUGUGGCUUUCCUAGCCAGGGAAUUACCAGACAGUUUUAAUGAAGCCAAGUUCAUCACCUUCAGCAUGUUGGUCUUUUGUAGUGUUUGGCUCUGCUUUGUUCCAACCUACCUAAGCACCAAGGGAAAGUACAUGGUGGCUGUGGAGGUCUUCUGUAUCUUGUCUUCCAGUGCUGGAUUACUGGGUUGCAUCUUUCCCCCUAAAUUAUACAUCGUGAUGCUGAGGCCUGAGCUGAAUAAUAAGGAACAGUUACUAAGGAGAAAAGAAAGAAAGGAACAACACUAA